AUGCCCCCUCGCACCCGUCGGGAACCGCCGGCGCGACAGGAUGCCCGGAUCCGCAAGCACCUGCUCAUGGCACGUGAAUAUUGGUCAAAGGCUCCGCAGUACCUGUCCGAGGGCGACUUGAAACAGGCCAGUGAAAAAGGCUGGGGAGCGGUUGCACAGCUCACCAAGGCGGUGGCCACGCUGCGCGGCUGGGACCAUUAUGAUCAUGUCGCGAUACGCGAGGCGGUUCAGGCUCUGGCCACCGAACGUACGGAACGAUCCGAGGAAAUCCGCCGCGGCCUCAACGCCGCCGAGAGUCUGCACGGGAACUUCUACGAAGGGCACCUGACCAUGGAACAUACGGAGUUCAACCUGUCGGAAUUGGUUCCGUUGUUGAAUGCGGCCUGGCAAUUGAUCCCCGCCGAAUUCACUGGCGGCGCAUCAUUUGACCAAUGGGUCGCUCAGGGACAGUAA